AGGAACUAUUCAUUAUCCAGCGAAGGUUGCCUUACUAGUAACAUCUUUAAUUAACCCGCAUGUCAUUUUCAAUGGGCCUAUUCAUAUAGUAUAAACAAAAUGGAUUAGAAUCUCAUAAGAGUUAAUUUCUAUUAUUUUAUGGAUAUUACAAGAGUCUGCCGUCAUGUGGAAGUGCCAUAAAUGUGGGAAACCAGUAUAUUUCGCUGAACGCAAGCAAUCAUUGGGAUAUGACUGGCAUCCAGAAUGUUUAAGAUGCGAAGAAUGUGGGAAACGCUUAAACCCAGGCCAGCAUGCAGAGCAUAAAGGUGUACCAUAUUGUCACGUACCAUGUUACGGAGCACUUUUUGGGCCACAAUUAUUUGGUCAUGGAACAAGAGUUGAAUCACAUACAAGUUUUGGGAAAAAAGAAGCACGGCCAUCAUUACCCAGAUCACACUUGGAAUCAAAGUUGAAGGUUUUCAACCAGUAUUAUGAAGGCAAAAGUGGUGGAAUAAGAAGCCGUGAGGUUAAUGGAAGAUUGAUACUGGAAGGUGCACUUCGUAUUUAUUGGGGUGUCAGAGGAGUGAUUCAUUUAAAAGAAGAUGAUGAUCAACGCACAGUAGUUACAGCUCGUAAUAGAAAUUCAUGUAGACGUAGUGUUUCUGAUAGUAUAGAAGAUGAAGAAAAAGAGGAAGAUUGUGUAAAAGAAACUUGUGAACAAGACGCAGAAACUGAAACAAAGUCUGUACCAACCUCACCUGAUCAUCUUAAGAGCCUCACUUUACCAAUGAAACUAGACGUUAAGAACAUGGAGUGGGAUGAAAUAGAUGAGCUUCUUCAGGUUGAACGUAAAAUCGAAGAUGGAAAGAAAUUAUACCAAACGAUGCCCGAAAAUCUACCUUCGAUUAGUUCGCAAACCACUUCCGACCCACUGCCUCUUUCUUCUCAAUCCAGUUUUGAUAGAUCUGAUUCUCGCGAAAAUUCUGAAGCUGAUAGUCCGAAUCAUCAAAGCAACCGUGGUAACGAUAGUAGUGUAACUAGUACACCAACGCACAGUAUAGGUAGUUCUUCUAGUACCGAUACCCCUAUUUACCAUGGCACACCAAAUCGAAAUGGAACGCUUCGAAGGGUAGAAUACUUCGAUAACUUGGAGAAAAAUAUGUCCGGUAAUAGAUCUAUUAGCACUGAUGACAGUUGGAUAGAAAAAGGCUUAAAUCGGUCGAUGUCCGGACCUGAUUGCCUCCAAAGACAUCGAACUGAUAGCGAUACAGAUUCUGUAAAUUCUCUACAAUUUAGAGAAGAUGAUAACAUGACAAUGUCGACCGACAGUGGACUAGAGCUGGAUGGCGUAGUUUUACGACGAAAACAAGGGUCCACCGCGAUUAGACGUCGCCCGGGUGGUCGACGACAAUCACGUAGUCGACUGCGGCGCCGUUGUUCAAUUAACGGACAUUUUUAUAAUCGUGAAACCAGUUUUUUUACACCUCCGCAUGGAUCUCAAAUGUCCGUUUGGAUUACAAGUUUAGUAAAUACUCAGGAAGUUAUCAACCUUAUGCUAGACAAAUAUAAAGUUGAUGCUAAACCAGAUAAUUUUGCGUUGUUCGUCGUCCGCGAUAAUGGCGAGCAAAGAAGAUUAAGAGACGACGAAUAUCCGCUGGAGGUUCGCGUAGUAUUAGGUCCGCACGAAAAUGUCGCGCGACUUUUUUUAGUAGACAAAUUGUCGACUCCGGAAAUUAGCUCCGACGUUGCGCAAUUUCUUAAUCUCUCUUUGGUAGAGUGUCACGGUAUAUUGCAGCGUUAUUAUUACGAAGAGGAGCGUCAGAUUCUUCUUUUAAAAGAAAAAUAUAAGGAGAUGCGACGAAGAAUACGGCAAAGAAUGGAAGAGCUAAAGGUUCGACUAUAGUUAGUACGUAUUCAUAAUAAACAUUUAAAUAUCCAUAUUAUUUUUCUAUUAAUUUUCACUCGAAGAUACAUAUACAUAUAUAUAAUUCCUUCUUUUUUUUAUGUAAAUUAUUUGUCGUAAAAUGUGUUAUCGUAAUUGUCCUCAAACAUUCAAACGUAUUAGAACCACUUACUGUCGUCAUUUCUUUUAGCUCUCUAUAUUUAUUUAUAAUUUCAAAAAAUUACUUCUGGGAAAGUUUCGAUUUUCUGCUUUGAACAUUUUUAAGCGCGAGAAAGAGUAAAAGUUUCGGAGAAGGAAGUAGAGAUGGAUCGAUCAAAGUAUUUUGUUGAAAUAUACAAUAAAAAUUAACUUAUAUAAUGAUAAAGAAGUUAAGCUUUUAAUCCUUGAUUUAAUAUUAUAUUUGUUUUUUAAUUAAUUAAAGAAGUAAUUUAUAGAAGAUCAAACUUUUAUAUGAAUUUGUUUUUUGAAACUGUUGUCAAUAAAUAUCGUGAGUUAUAAAAUAGCACCACGACCAUAGAAGCAAAUCUUGCACAAUUUAUUGCGGAAUGACUCACUAUCGGAAAAGUGAUUUACAUUUGAAUGUGUCGAGCGAUAACGUACUAACAUUUUCUAGAUUAACGUCUUAUGGUUACAUUAUUCAAUUGUACUCAUUACUUCUGCAUAUUUGUUGCAUUUAUCUGUAGUCAUUAAUGCGCAGCUACUAUUGAGACAUUCAGUGCAAUUUAACUAGAAAUUCAUGUAUCAAAUUAAGUGAUAUAUACAUGUAUUGUUUAAGUCUCGACUGUGCAUCAAACGAUAAUUACACAGUCACGCGAACCAUUCUUUAACACGAUAUCUUUUAAAUUGUUCGCUAUAAGCUAAUUGUUGUAUGUAUAGCGUUUCAUUUGAUUUUUUAACAUUAAAAAUGAACACUGUCAUAAUUUAUUAAGGGAGAUCAAGUAUUGUAUCUGUGUAAUAGAUAGACACCGAUGUCAUGUCAAUGAUUGAUACAAGAGAUGAACAUUUUAUGAAAGAAAAAGAGAAAAGAUAUUGUUCGCAGUUUAGAUUGUACGAUUGUUAGAAUCUCAUGCAAGGCUGUCCAACUUCUUACCUCGUGAAGUUUUUCUAAAUUUUCUGUUCACGUAGGUGCCAAAAGAAAAACAGAAAUAACGAAGAUAAAAAGAAAGAGGAAAAUGAAAGAAAUUAUUAUAUAUUAAACAAUAAAUGGAAAUAGAAUUUUAACGAAGGAAUUGUUGAAUGUAAAAUGGAAAUGUUAGAGAAAGCAGAAUGUUUUAAAAGCUAUAUGUAGAUGUAUAUAUCGUCUAGAUGAAAAUUACUAUAAACGAUUGUACCUUGAACUGCAGUUUUAGUUGGACAGCUCCGAAAGCCAUAGAUAAUUGUUAUUAACCAAUAGCAAUUUUCGACACGUAUCACUGCCGUAAUUGCUAGAUCAUGAAUAAAUAUUUUAUCUGUAGAAUAUAGUAUGAAAUAUCGAAGAAAGGAUUGCAUUGAAGGUAACUUGGCUUUUAGAAUUUGUUCAAGACGUAUUUGAAUCGAUACAAUCAAAUUAUGAAUGGCUUCAUUUGAAUGGUAUUUCAGGGAACCAAGUUCUUAUGGUUAGUAAUUUCGUAACAUUAUCGUCGAUGAUGACUAUAGUUGAAAUUUAAGAAUUUUAAUUCGACAGAUUUUGAAAAAUCCUUUCUGCAUAGUAGAAAAAAAUCGUAGUGUGAUUACAUUUUAGAUUUAAAUUAAAUCGAUAGUUACAUUUACUUUCGCGAGAUCGUUAGUUUUAGCUUUGAGGAAUAAUUAGAUUUCCUAGUUUGUUAAAGCAUUUUCGAUAUAACAGUGUAAUAUGUGAAAUGUGCUUUAGUCGAAAUAAAAGAAAAAAACUGUUUGUUUUUAUAAUAUAAAAAUUAUGAUAUCUUUAUCAUGGAUCUUUUUUACAUUAAAAAAUAUUUCGUCAAGAUAGAGGGAACUUCAAAUUCUAUUGUGAUGGGUAUCAUGAGGUUCCAAAUUUUAUUAUACAGUUCAAAAAGUUUCGAAACAAAUAUUUUACAUGUCUCUUAUCCACAUUGAAAAUCCCAAUUUAGGUGCAAAAAUCGUUUCUUAGAAUUGAUUACUAAUUCGAUUGCCUUUAUAUUGGGAAAAGAUAAAAAAUAGACUUUGAUCUACGUAUUAGGAAGGUAGAUAUUAGAAAUGCAUAUCACAUACUACACCUACUGACGUUAGGAUUUUAUAUUAAAUUUUAAAUUUACAUAAAUUGAUUGAAUGGAUCCAUAUUUAAAUAAUUCUUCUCAUUGAAAGCAUCAAGUAAAACACUUUACAAGAGAUAACACUUAAAAUAGUUUAACUUUGUUAAAUAAUUUUGGUGCGGAAGGAUCUUCCAAAAUUUUUGUUAUAUAAAAAUUUCCGCGAAUUUCUAAAAAUCGUGCACAUUGCAGUAAAACCAUGACAUUUAGUUAGCAUUUUUCAGCAUUCCGAUUUCUACGCAAGAAAAUAUCAUACUGACCGUAUUUUUUGAAGAAUUUUUAGAGAUCCCUUUCCAACGGAUGCUUCGAAACGGGUGAAAUAUAUAGUUGCUAAAUGAAAAUAAAAAAAGUUAUUAGUUCCUAACAAUAGAAGAAAUUCUCAUAGAAAUUAUACGUUAUUAACAAUUUUAACGAAACAUUGAAUUAAACAAAGAGCACGUACGAAGUAACUUUUAAAUAAAUUAAAAGAUAACGACAACAGAAUGCCCUUUGUAACAGAGAGAAAUAACGAAAAAGUUUCAUUUAGCAAUUAUUUUGUGUGACGUUUACUUUGAAGCAUUCUGUAUAUCUAUGUAUUUCUAGCAGUUGUUAUGUAUUUGAAAGAUUUCUAACUUCUGUGUGUAGACGCGGUCCAGAGAACUGGAGGUACUUGCGCACAGUUACGAUUGUACAAUCACAUGCUUAAUAUUGCACAGUAUAACUGGUUUCCAGUGAAAAAGAAGUGUACAGCGAAGAAUAUACAUACAAUGGUAUAAAUAAAUGUUCGCCGUUGUUUAUGACAAUAGCUAUCGAUCAUAUAAUCAUAAUUUUAAGCUAGUCACAUUUCAUAAAUAGUCAUACAUAUUAUACAUAAUGUAUGUUACGAAUGCGUUCGCGAUUCGAGUGUUUGACAGAUAAAUAUCACUAUCGUGAACGAGAAUUCUUGAAAUUAUCCAAUUUGUUAACGAUGUCUGUUUCAUUAUAGGAAAAAAAAAAGAAAGGAUAAAAUAUUGGGUGAACUGUAUUAAUUUGUCAGUUAAUUAAAGAAAAUUUAAUUAUUUCUAUAAACUGAAGUGUAAUUUAUAUUUAUAGUUUUAUCGUCGUAGUUAAUUUUUUGAUAUAAUAUUUAGGUGGAAAUAUUUGUUUAUGCAAGUUUUAAUAUUUUAAACGAUGAUUAAAAAUAUCAUCAUUUUCGUGUUUUAUAGAAAAUCGAUUCUUUCCUUCUAAUGGAGAAUUACUCGCAUAAAUAUUACUUUAAUUACUUCAUAAGCUCUUCUUAUUCCAGUAGAUUAUCCAACGCAAACAAACUUUGGUUCGGUCCAAUAGCAGUGGAAACAAUCUAGCAUUAUCAAAUUAUGCAGUUUACCUUGUCUUUCAUUUCCGUCCAUUGGUUGUUUGCCGAUCAAACAUUGCACAGGGUGAUUCUACUGUAACUACUGUCACCUUGGUGUUUUUAAAACUAUGCAAGUCCAUGAAACGUUUGUUCAUUAAUACCAAAAAUGUCACUAUGUAGGAUAUUCACGACAAGGAGAAGAUGAAAAGUACAAGUAGAAAGAAAAAAAUUGAAACAUCAUCAACUUUUAUAUUUCAUUAAACAUCCGAUCUAUAUCUUGUUAAACAUUGAAUAUUAUCUUUUUUAAAAAUGAGACAAAGUUACGAUUCCUUUACCUGCUAUUUCUUUUCCCAAGGAAAGCAGAUAGGAACAGGUAAAGAAGCGAAUUCUCUGGUAGAAUACGUAGUGUCUGACCAUAAGAACGCUGAAACUACUUGCUCCGUGGCCAGACUAAUAUCUUAAGUGCUAGAUACAUACUUGUAUUCGUUUAGGAGGUGUUUCAAUAUUAUUUCAUGGAUAGAAACAUAUCAUCGCAUUAAAAAAGCAGAAUAAAAUGUAAAAAUACUGAUACUCGUAUCGUGAUAAUAGUUUUAUCCAUAGGAAAAUAGUGCAAUUCUUACUAAUCCUCUACAAAUCCUCUUAUGUGUGGAAGUUACGUAAAAUUCUAGUUACAGUGAGUUAACUAAGCUUUCCUUUAUCUUGCAUAGUUUCAGAAACAUUAAAAAUUGGUAAUUUGAAGAUAAUAGUAAUUAACGAUUAACUGUAUAUAGAACAAACAAAAACAUAGCCAUUUGCGUAAAACAAAAUGCUUUUACAUUAAUAAUCUCCUAACGUUGAAAAUUAAUGUAAAUGGAUUUUUUACAUGACCAAACAUGAUUCGUACAGUUUCCGAAUUCAUCUCUCUAUAACCUCUCUGUCUAAAACACGUUGUUCCGUGAACAUUUGACAUGACACUCGAAUUGCAUCGCGGUAUCGGUUUUUGUCAAAUCUUCAAAUAGAUUUUAGCCAGAAUAAAGAGAAAGUAAGCAAAAAAAUACAAAAUAUAAAAAAAAGGCGUGAAAAAAAAAAGAAAACGAAAA